AUUGGCUCAGGACUUGGGGGAAUUCGCGGCGACACUAUGAACUUCAAAACAAAACAUUUUCGUGUCUGAAUCAGUCUGAACUCUCCCUAUUAACCCAUUCCCUGAUUACCUAUGUUUUUUGAACAAAUUUAAACUUACAUACCUCGCAAACCCGUUCUUAAGGAAUGUCCGAGUACUUAGAAUAUCAGUGGAAUCUGUCAAGUCCUACUUCAGAAAAUAAUGAUCUGCCAGCCAAGCCUCAACUUUUGACCAAAACGCAGUCCAUCGCGGCCAUCAGGGAUCUUUUGCCAACCAGGCCGGAUGUCGGUUUUCUCUGCACGGAGGAUGAGUUUUUGCUGCGUUUUUUGAAUGCUCGCAAGUUUAAGAUUGAGGCUAGUUUCAAUUUGUUAGUCAAUUACUAUUUGUACCGGCAAAAAUAUCGCCACUUGUUUGUCGGCCUCAACGUGCACGACCCUCUCAUCAGGCGGGCGCUUUUCGACGGAAUCCCCGGCGUGCUGCCACAGUGCGAUAAAAGAGGACGUCGCAUUCUGAUGAUCUAUGCAAGUAACUGGAAUAUCGAGGAGUAUUCGCUGCUGACGAUUUACAGAGCGCUUCUGCUCUCCUUGGAGAAGCUAAUCAAGGACCAGCAAACUCAGAUGGCAGGCCUGAUCGUGAUUGUCGACUGGACUGGGUUCUCGUUGAAACACACGAGCGCACUCAGCCCAAAAGCGCUGAAACUUAUGCUUGAGGGUUUGCAGGACGCCUUCCCUGCGAGGUUCAAAGCGAUUCACAUGGUCGGCCAGCCUUGGUAUUUGGAAGCUGCACUGUCGGUCAUAAAACCAUUUCUGAAGGAAAAAACUCGAAAUAAGAUUAUGCUCCACGGCGCCAACUUGAGCAAACUUCACGAACACAUGGACAAAGAUCAACUGCCUGCGGAACUGGGAGGAGAAGGACCAGGCUACCACGCAGGGAAAUGGGCAGAAGAGCUUAUUGGCACUUCCUUGGACCCAUCUUUGGCGAUACAGGACGAACAAGCGGCCGCUAACGCUGUCAAGAAAUCUCAAACAUUCUCUGGAGGCAUCGCUGAAGAGGCAUGUUAGUCUUGCUUUCCAAAAUGCCUUGAACAAAAGCAUGGUUAAUAAAGGCCUAAUGAAGAAACUUACUUAAAUUUACUUAUGAAAUGUUUGGCACGAGUCUCGAUUUAUGAUCUUUUUACUUCAUUGUUAAUUAUUUUAAUCGUUUUAUGUCUGCACUUCUGAUAUGACUAUAAUUCCAUGCAUUACAAGAAAUAUUUUCUGCUGUGAUAAUGUAUGUUAUUUUGACUGCUGGAUUUUAAAAACCUAAACUUUUAUGAUUCACUACUAUUUUUCAAUGCUUAUACAAAAAAGGUACACUUGUCACAAAUUAGUAUUAGAUUAGAAACUUUCAAAAAGAAUUUUUAAUCUCUGUCCUUUUUGGCAGCUAAUAAAAAUUAAGUUAGUCUUACAAGUUAA